UGAGGAGGUAACUGAGCGGAGGGAAGCAGUGAAGUGCUGAGAACCAGCUCCCGGGUGACGUCGGCGCUCACCCCAGAUGCCGCGUCCUCGCCUGGGAACCGUUCAUCAAGAUCUGAAGAGAUUCGCUGUCCGCGGAGCAUAGCCGCCCUCGGCCUGUGCACUACUUGUUUGGCAAUGCUCAGGAGAUUGACUGUCUCACAGGUGCUCUUUGCUGCCGCCCUCGGAAUUGCUGGAGGGAUGUAUAUUUAUCAGCCAAUAUUUGAACAAUAUUCCAGAGACCAGAAGGAACUAGAAGAAAAACUGCAAGCGUUUCAAGCAGCAGAAGAAAAGAAGAGCUAAUUCUGCGUCCAGUGAAUUUGUAGGCACUGUUCGCCAUUCUGUUGAAAUUACACAUGGACUAUUAAUCUAGUAAAAAUUUAGGUACAUUUUAAUAAAUAAAUCAUGGGUAAAGGA